CCUAAUCACGUUCGACUCGGUGUACAAGAGCGGUUACACAUUGGUACCACCCUACAAGGAAGACUUCCAGUACUUCCUAGAUACGUCUAAGCAGGCUAAGAAAUCUGAAUUUGGAAUCGGCAUCGAGCAGGAUCCCCACACAAACUUCUGGGAUGACGCCCCCUGGAGUGGUGCCUUUGGGCAGCACAUUUGUGCCUCAAACAGCUGCUGCGGCACCACCGACACCAGCGGUUGGGGCACCACCGACACCAGUGGUUGUGACAACUCUGAAGCCAGUGCUUGCCACCACACCGAAGCCAACAGCUGCGGCACCACCGACACCAGCAGUUGUGAUACCACCCACCCCAGCUAGGAAACCACCGACACCAAUGAGGGUGCCAUCGACAACUACUGCAGUCCCCACAUCACCCACUUCCGGCCAAACAACGACAGCAGGCCCGACGACUCAGAAACCGCUGCCAGAUGGAUCGCUGCUGUGCACACUACGGGCUGGUUUCAAGAGGUCGACGUACACGUUUCCCCUCGACGGACUCUGCACCCUAAUCACGUUCGACUCGGUGUACAAGAGCGGUUACACAUUGGUACCACCCUACAAGGAAGACUUCCAGUACUUCCUAGAUACGUCUAAGCAGGCUAAGAAAUCUGAAUUUGGAAUCGGCAUCGAGCAGGAAACAUGCAGCCACGAAGCCACCAUGACGAACCUUACAAGCAACGUUACCACGAAGAUGCAUUUAGAUGAGCUGUGGGACCACUACCGGAUAUACCACUAUGGUCAAGUGGGUGGAACUAUCACAUUCAGAAAUUUCGUUGCUUCCGUUGCUGUGAGGUUAGCAGCGAAGGGAUUGCAGAUGAUCGCCAGGAUAAUGAAUGAUAAAAAAGACGCUAAACUACGGCCGAGUUAUACUAUUCUGCACAAUUGGUUGAUAAAUCCAGGAAACGUUGAAUACGUUGGAAAGGCACUGAAGAAUGUGCCGGUGGAUAUUUUUGUUCUUGUUGUGCACCAUCAUGAACCCGAUAUCACCUUCAAUACCUGCCGCAUGGUGCCACCAACCGUACUAACCUCGGACGUCUUGGAUGACCUUACACAAGAUAAGUUUUACGGCAUCCGCAUGGGCAGCAGCAUAACUCUUCUUGCAGCCAACUACAGCCACUGGCCUCCGAACAUCAUGAAUGCUGUGGCCGUGGGCAUGGCUGGUCGGUGGUACGCACCAUGUGAGAAAGGUUCCACGUCGAGUACGGGGCCCACUGGCUAUUCGCUCGGCAGUAAAUGCGGGGGCGCGUGCCUUCAAAAGAAGCUCCUGCGAGAGCAUCAAAUCACCGACAUUUCCCGGGCCUGCUCUCGGACUGCCUACAACAACUCGUUCUACGAAGACAGGGCGUUCCAGGCCCGCGUUGCGUACGACGUCGGAGCAGAAUUGGUCUUCACCUAUGACAGCCCUAUUAACCUGCGUACCAAGCUCUGCAAAGCCAAGGCGAACGCGACGAACGUGAAAUACACCUUGGCUGCUGCGGACAUCCAGCUGGAGGACGCCAAUGGUACCUGCGGCUACGGGCCAUUCCCUCGGCUCUACAUGCUCAAGAAGCUGGCGGAGUUCUUUGCUUUUAAUUACACGUCUGCCGGUAGGGAGGGAGCGUGCAGGGCGGUCACCUAUUAAUACACGCUCAAUUGUUGCUGUCUGCUCAUGGGCAUAGAACAAAAAAAAAAGCAUUCUGUGUAAAUAA